AGAUUCACCCAUCAUGGCAGAAGAUGGUCAAGAUUUUCGUGGUUUCGUUCAGGAGUUUAUAGACUCAGAAUUCGGACAUAUAAAAUCCCUUCAUAACGUUGAAAGUAUAUUACGAAAGGUUGAGGAGGAUAAGAAGGGCUUGGAAGACCAGCUUUCUACAGUCUCAAGUGAAGUACCAAAGAAGAUAGAAGGAGCCGUCCAAGAUGCCAAGAACUCUGUACAUCACAUCAAGGACAUCACUCAACAACAGACUCAGAUCACUGAUGACAUCACACGUCACCUGACUCAAACACAACCAAUCAAAGAAGACCUUGCUCAGUUUACGACUCAAGUGGAAGAAGCAGAGAGAUAUGUACAGUACAUCAGAUGGUUGACUUUCUUUGAAGAAACAAGUAAUGAUAUCCAGCAGUCAGUGCUGGUAAACUCCCUUGGAGGGGCCGUCAACUUCUUUGCGGAAAUGUUUGAUAUCUGCGAGGUCCUGCAGAAGUCCAGAUGUGAGAAGCUGGUCCAGUUUUCCAACUCAACAAUCCUCUUCUGGCACAGGAUUCUCAAGGAUAAACUGUCCAGUGAGUUUGAGGAGGUUGUGAAACAGCUGGGCUGGCCGUUCCUGGGCGUGGCGACCCACAUACCACCCCGCGUACCACGCCCAACACACCUGGAACUCACCUUCAGACUGGAGACACUGUUCGAACAGCUGCUGAAGAUACAGAUUCCUGACACCCUAGGUAAGAGACGGUCCUCCCAGCCCAGUCCUGGUAGUGAUGAGGCAGACCGACCGUUCCUCCUGCCCCUACAGCUGCUGCUCAAACCUCUCAGGAAACGCUUCAAGUUUCACUUCACUGGGAGUAAACAGACUAACGCUCUGGAUAAGCCGGAGUGGUACCUUACCCAGAUCCUGGGCUGGAUCAGAGAUCACACAGACUUCCUGGAUCACCACAUCCAGCCGCUCCUCAACAGAGCCGGGUACCCGCAUGUGGAGGCAAAGCUGGAGUUUACCCGAGGUCUGCUGAUGCUGGUGGCAGACAAGCUGGCACAGGACAUGGAGUCCCUGCUGUACGAUGAACAUCUCUUCUCUCACACUGUAGAUGAGGUUCUGCUGUUUGACCGUGAGCUGCGUGGUUCGUACAGCUACCCAGCCAGCCAGCCUGGUGUUCUCCAUGUGCUGACUGUACAGGACACCUUCCACAGGUGGAUCACUGUGGAGAGGAAAUUUGCUGUAGAGAAGAUGGACCUCCUGUUCUCCUCAGAGACAGCCUGGACGUCUCAGUAUGGAGAUAUUGAGGAUGUGGAUGACAUGAAGACAGGAGAGUGUGCUGAAGGCUUCAUGACCCUCAUGCUGGCACUCACAGAUCGGUACAAGCCGCUUCCCUCUGCUGCCAACAAGCUUGAGUUCCUGGACCUACAGUUGGAGCUCCUGGAUGACUUCAGGAUCAGGCUCACACAGGUCAUGAAGUCAGAGGCACAGGACCCCCUAGGUUCCACCUUCCUCUCCAUCCUGAACGCUGUCAACUAUGUCAUCAGUGUGCUGCGAGAGUGGUCCGAGACAGUGUUCUUCCUCCAGCUGCAGUACUCCCGUGCAGAGCAGUACCGUGUACGUGCCGGCAGUGACCUCCCCCUGCCCCAGGACCCGGACCUCAGCAGUCUGCAGGGCGCUGUGUUUGAUGAACUCAUCACCCUGUUCCAGCUCCUCAGGACUGACAUGCUGUCUGUGGUGUCUAACCUGGUCUUCACUGAGAUGAAGGCGAGAAGUAAAGACUACAAGGACGAGAAAUGGCUGGGCCUGCCGUCAGACAAGGAGUACAUCUCACGGGCGGUGUCUGCCUCAGCCUGCCCACUGCUGCUGCUGCUGAAGGACAGACUGCACCUGCUGCAGCUGCAGCUGGCACCUUCUCUCUUCUGUCAGGUGUGGCAGAGACUCGCAGACAUCAUCAACUUGUACAUCAUGGAGGAGAUCAUUCUCACCAACCAUUUUAACGAGGGAGGAGCAGCCCAGCUCCAGUUUGACAUGACCAGAAACCUCUACCCCCUGUUUGGUGAAUACACACCCAGGCCAGACAACUACUUCAAAGAUGUGAAAGAAGCCUGUGUACUUCUGAACCUGAAGCCUGGCUCUGCCAUGUUGUUGCAAGAGAUGCUGAAUAAGGCCUUACACGGAUCCAAGAUAGACCCAAACACAGAAAAGGAAUCACCAGAAAAGGUGCUGAUGGAUAUGGGUGUGUUCAAGCUGUCUGCACAGCAGGCUGAGAAGGUGCUGAACCUCCGCGCUAACUGGGCAACAGGGAAGAAGGGCAGGACAUGAAACAGACAUCAGAGGAUCGUAGGGGAUAAUUAGUCUCUACCAGACUCCUUUGCAG